AUUAGCAUGCAUUUGUUUGGGAAUGUAUCUGGAUUGUGGUUGGUUAGAGAGCAAGACUUUUAACAGAUUUUAUUUCUAAACAACUGUGAGUUUCGCUUCAACUUUUUUAGGGAAAUACAUUUAACUUCCGAUUUUAUUUUUUUAAAAUGGAUAAACCUCAAAUAAUUCUUCAUGCAGAUGUAUCUUUAAAUUACACAGUAUUUGAUACUAGAUGGAUACCCGUGAGUACAAAAUUUGUAUCACUUGGGACUCAUCCGAAAGGAGAUGGAGCAUUUCAAAUUUAUGAAAUUUCUGGAGGAAAAGUUCAAUUAGUUACAGAUGUUACAAAACCAAGAGGCUUCAAAUGUGGAACGUUUGGAUCUUCGCCCAUGCAUCAACGACAUCUUGCAACUGGCGAUUUUGAAGGAAACUUACAAUUAUGGGAUAUGGAAAAUUUAGAUUCACCUUUGUUUAAUGUGAGAGGACAUACACAAAUUAUAAAUGCAAUUGAUGCUGUUGGAGGCUUGGGUAUUGGAUCUGGAGCCCCUGAAAUUGUUACUGGCAGUAAAGAUGGUGCAGUGAAAGUUUGGGAUUCUAGACAGAAAGAUUUACCUGUUGCUACUAUGGAACCUGAAGCUGGACAAGAUAAAAGAGAUUGUUGGGCUGUUGCAUUUGGAAAUGCAUUUACCAAUGAAGAUAGAUGUGUCUGUGCUGGAUAUGAUAAUGGAGAUAUCAAACUAUUUGAUUUGAGGAACAUGUCAAUACGAUGGGAAGGCAAUUUAAGGAAUGGUGUAUGCUGUGUUGAAUUUGAUCGAAAAGACAUUAAAAUGAAUAAAUUAGUUGCAACUACUUUGGAGUCCAAAUUUCAUGUGUUUGAUAUGCGACAUUAUCAUCCAAAGAAAGGAUUUUCAUCUUUGAUAAAAAAGGCGCACAAAUCUACUGUAUGGCUUACUCGUCAUCUUCCUCAGAAUCGAGAUAUUUUUAUGACAACUGGAGGAUCUGGAUCUCUUUGUCUUUGGAAUUAUGAGUAUCCACCCAAAAGAUGUGAUGGUGAUGGACCUGUGAAAUUUGGUGUAAUGGGAGAAGCACACUUAUUACAAAACUCAGUUGUAGCUAAUCAGCCAAUUUCAGGCUUUGAUUGGAAUACUGAUAAACUAGGACUUGCUGUUUGUAGCGCUUUUGACCAAACACUUCGUGUAAUUAUUGUAACAAGGUUAAACACUGUAUAACCAAAUAUUGUUUUGUUGUGUUCAUUUUCUUUAAGGUGGAAAAGUUCUAAGUGUUCUUGUGGCCUGUUUUUAUGCUGGUGGAAACUAUUCACCUAGUCACUAAAAAUUACAGUAUUAAAACUAAGUGAAUGCACAAAAUUUUUUUGUCAGAUACAACUUUAUUCCUAUUCACUUGAUUUGUCAAAUAUGUUGUAAAUAUUAUUUGCUAAAAAAGCUCGAACACUUUUGAAAGAAGAAAGUAUUUUAUUCCAUGCAUGUAUAACGCGAUGCAGUUAUUUGUGAAAUGUACAUCUGGUUCAUACCUGAAAAAAAAAAAAAAAUAUCAUUCACAUAAAGGAAGAAUAAAUAAAUUUUUUUAUCUAAUAUGCAUAUUGUGUAUAAAAUAUUUACAAAUAAUCCUUUGUUACUUUUAACUGCAUUUUAUUUAUUCACCAUGUCAGUUGAUUAUUAAAUGAAACAAAUAUCUAGCACUUUAUACCAGAUCUGUUGUAUUUUGUAUCUAGGAGAAAAAUAUUAUUUUAAUAUAAUAUUAUUUUUAAUUUUAUCAUCAAUUACCUCCCGUUUUUCCUAUUUGUUUUCAAAUUUGCAUCUACUGAAAGGUUUCUGACGUGGGAAAAUAUUUUAAGCUCUGUUUUUAAUAUAUCUAAAACUGCAUUUUUUUUAAUUUUUUUUUUUGCAAACCAUGUGAGAAAAAAAAAGGAUGGAAUUUUACAGCACAUAUACAACUGCAAAAAAGUCUAAAUUUAGGAAAAUUGUAGUUCUUCAAAAAUAUUUUUUUUUUUUUUUUUCACUCCUCAAAAUGAAGCAAGGCAUUCAUUUGUGAUCAAAAGCACUGAAAAGCAAAUUUUUCUGUAUUUUGAGGAAUUUAAAUAUUAUGUACAAAAUUAAUAAAUAAUUUGGGACAUUGAAAAUUUAAAAUAAUGUACGCUGUAAUUUCAUGAUGCCCGUGUAUAAAAUGAUUCCCUUGUGCAUUUGAUUAAAAACAUUUUAUUAACAUUUAAUGAUCAUUGACAAUUGCGACAAUAUCAAAAAAUAAAUCUAUAAUGAAAGGAAUCCAAAAGUCAAAUAAAAUAUAAACCUAAAGACAAACAACCGUGAUUUAUGAAACAUUUAAUAUCCUGCCAACUUACGAGCACAAUUUUUUUUUUUUUUUUUUUUUUUCUGUUGAGGUAAUAAAAAAGAACUGCUGACAGGCUGGCCAGAAAAUAACAAAUGUUUGUAUAUUUCUUACAUGUCUUCAAAAAUAUUUUUCCAAGAUAAAAAGUUUAGUUAUAGUAAUAUUCAUUAUUUGAUUUUUUUAAACCUAUUUUCAGUACUUUAUUUUUAAUUAAAAUUCCCACCUGAUGAAAAAUAUUUAAAAAAUGUGUUUGACAUGGCAUUGAAAAGUAGAAGUUUUGUACACCAGAGUUGCACUUAAUUGCAAUUUCAGUUGAGUCAGAAGAAAUAUAUAUUUCUAUAGAACUGAAGACUGUGAUUCUGAGUUAAAAGAGUAAUCUUUUUUAAUUUCAAAAAUUACUACAAAUGAGUAUGCUUAACUUCGGACAAAAAGGAUUUGCCAGUUUUGUUGUGUAAUAAUUUUAUCAUAAAAAUUAUUUUGUUAAAUUCCAGUUUCGGCUUUCAUUGAAAACAAGUGCCUCAUUCCUUUGGGGGGGGAGGGGGCUUGCUGUGCACUUCAUUUUUUUUUUUUUUUUUUUUUUUCAGUUUUGUCAAAAAGUAUUUUAGUGCACUUUUUGUCUAUGUUUGUCAUUGUGUCAUCUGAAUUAUAAAGUGAAAAAUCAGUAAUUUUCUUUUUUGUAUUUUUAAGAUUGUUAUUUUCUUAUAUCUCAUAUAUAUGUGUUCUCAUUGAUACAAACAUAAAAUGAUAAUAUAAAAUGCUUUAUUUAAUUUCCAUUUUGUACUUUUAUAUAUAAUUGUAGAUUUUCUUUCCUAUUAAAAUGGUGCAUCAAUUAUGCAUGCAUUUUUUGAGGGAGAGGGAGGGGGGAAGACUUAAGUUGAAAUUGAAGCAUGGUGUAUGUUUGCCUGAUGCAUUUUUGAAUUUGGUCUGAUACAUAUCUGUUCAAGUAUUUUUAGUGUUCAUAUAUUUUGCCACAAUAUAAGUAAUUUUGUAUUAUUUGUUUCAUAAAUUUAUUUGCUAUUGAUUUAUGCAGUUCUGGAAAAUCACAGUCCCCUCCCCUCUCCAAUUCUAAAUGUAAUGAUUCUUUUAAAAGAUUCCAUAAAUUGGAACAAUUUUGUUACUUUUUUUUCCUCCUUUUAAAACUAAAGCCAUUAAUAAAAAAAGUGUUAAAGUCAAUUGAAAUCCCCCCCCCCCCCAAAUACAAUUACUUUUUUAAAAUUUGCUAGAAUUGCUUAUGAUUAUUGGAAAAGAACUUCAAAUUGUUUAAGAAAAUAAGUCAUAAAACAAGGUGUUUUGUUCAAAUUGCAAAAUGUUUUUGAAUUAAAAAAAAAGUGCUUAAAUAAAAUGAUUUUCAGAUCAUUUUUAA